CGCUCUCUCCAUCUACGCUAUAACAUGUUUUCCCGAUUUUCUUCACGGACAUUGCGCCAAUCAGCAAACCUCACAAAAUGCGCGAGCUCCACGCGACUACUAUCACGACCACUCCACUCAUCACGCGCUCUUCGUGAAGGAACCUCUCGUGGCGGAGGGAGUGGACUGACCAACAUCCUUGCUGGCGAUAUUCCUCCCCCUGUCCAAGUAAAAUCAGUAACACAAUCUGGAAUAACACUCCAAGAUGGUCUCAUCAUUCCCUCUGCAUGCAUAUUCCUCGAAGGAAAAGUGUUUCUGUGGGAUGUGCCAUUGACUGGAGGACGCGAGGCGGGUUCAUUAUGGAAAGGCUGGGGCAAGGAGAGAUUCGAGCUGUUUGAGGUCGUCGUUCCGAAACCUGAAAUUCUGGUGAUUGGGACAGGGAAGUCUGUCUCGCCACUACCACAAGAGCUGAGGAGGUAUCUGAGUGAGCUUGGUAUUCAGGUCGAUGUCAUGGACACGUGGAACGCCUGCACUACUUAUAACCUCUUAGCCGAAGAAGGUCGACGUGUUGCAGCUGCACUGUUCCCGUACACCACUCAAUCGUGGAAACCAUAAUUGGGCUCUCAUGUCAUGGGCCUAUUCUCCGCCUAUGAUACAAUUCCU